GAAAAAUCAACUUAUACCUAAGCCAAAACCCAACGAAAAUAAAUCAACCAUAAUCAUACUGCCGACCUAAUUUCUAUAUCAAUAGAAAUAAAUCAUCAAAAUCGACAUAGUAUACGUAAAUUCCGAAAUGGCAGACAGCGACGAGGAACCAGUAACCCUCUCUUCCCAUGCGCUCGCCGCGCUUCAGGAGUUCUACGGCGAACGGGAUGCCCAUGCCGAUAAGUUCGAGAAGCUAAAGGCUGCAGCUGAGGAACAGCAUGACGGCAACGCGCAACCGUUGUCUAUGGAGGCUUUUACAGAGGAUUGGAAUGAGUCGCAAUUCUGGUAUGCAGACGAAACAGCGACGCUACUUGCAAAGCAAUUAAUAGAGGGCGUACGGGAGGACGAGGUCGUUGCGGUAGUAUCGGCGCCGAGCGUGUUUAUCGCCUUGAAAAAUCUACAGAACACAGCAGACUUCAAGGCCAAACCAAAGCCGAAGGUCUACCUUCUUGAGCACGACCAGCGCUUCGCCGUCUUUCCUGAAUUCGUCUUCUACGACUUCCAACAACCCAUUAAGCUGCCGGGAGAACUGAAAGGCACCGUUGAUCGCAUAAUCUGCGAUCCCCCUUUCCUUAGCGAAGACUGUCAGACCAAAGCCGCUCUAACGGUCCGUUGGAUGUCGCGCGCACCCUCCAAAGCAAAUAACCAAACACAACCGCAUCCUCGUGUCAUAGUUUGCACGGGUGAGCGCAUGGAAUCACUUGUCACGAAACUGUACCGAUCUUUCGGGGCACACACGACGACAUAUGAGCCGCGCCACGCUCGCGGGUUAAGUAACGAAUUUUAUUGCUACGCCAACUUUGAAUGUGAUGCUUGGACGUUCCAGGGUGAGAAGGAAAAGGGGACAUCAGGAGUUGUGAAGAGUUAGCUAUACCAAACAAUGGUCACAGUAGACGAAUAGAUGCAUCUGCGGAAUAAAA